UCCCCUCCUCCUCCUCCUCCUCCUCCGCCUCCCUCCCUGCCACGCACGGCUCGGGCCCGUCCCCGCCCGGCGGAACCAAGUGCCCCGUGCCCGUUGCCGGCCGGAGCCGAGCCCCGUUGGAGCGGGAGAUCCCUCAGGAUAUCCGGCGGCUGAAGCGGGGCGUGAGGGAUGGGGCAGCGCCUGAGGGGCGGCUUCCACAACGGCCGUCGGCUUCAGCGGGCCCUGCUGCUGUAGGGUCUCCACAGAACAGCCAUGUUUCGCCUCACGCAGCGGUGCUGCUUCCACACGCCCUUCGGGCUCCAGAAGUUAACCGGUCUCAGACUCCUACUGCAUGGGAAGAAUAAGACAACUCGCUCUUCUUCUAGCCUCUUUCCACAGAGGGAUGCUUGUCUUCUCUCCAGAUGUCCAAGCCUCAGCAGAGCAUCAGUGUACGCAGUCAAGCUCCAGGCUUUUCACACCUCUGUUCCUCUCCUAAAGAAAAAGCCCCCCCAAGAAUCUGAGACCCAAGAGUUGGGCCGGUUUCGACAAAGUAUGAAAUCACUGAAGGAUUCUCCAAAGCCAGCCCUUUACUUAAGCCUGGCGGGGCUUAUUCCAUUUGUUUCUGUGCCGCUGUCGAUGGUCGUCCAAGGGACCUACUACCCAGAGCUGGCGUUCACUCAGCUUACCUAUGGUGCUGUCAUCGUCUCUUUCCUAGGAGGAAUGAGGUGGGGGUUUGCUGUCCCGGAAAACAGCCCAGCUAAGCCAGACUGGAUGAACCUGGCUAACAGUAUGGUGCCUGCUCUAAUUGCCUGGCAAGCCUUGCUUUUUAAAGAUAUCACUGAUGGUGCAAUAAUGCUGGUAAUGGGCUUAGGGAUAGCACUGCAUUAUGACCUUUCCCUUCUUCCUACUUAUCCUAGUUGGUUUAAAGGACUGAGAAUAGUGGCAACGCUGGUGGCGGCAUUAUCACUGUUAGCUACUGUAGCACUGAAAGCUUACUCAGAGAAGAACCUAAUCAUCAGCAGAAAUGGAUGGCAGGACCCAAAACAAUAAAGCGAGAGGAAAAAGCUGUUUAUCUGCUAAUAAGGUAUUUGUAUGGAGGUCCAGGGAAAGUAAAGACUUAAUUAUGCUUAUGUCAUAAAAUGGCAUUAAUCGAGAUGCUUAUUUUGAAGCAAGUAAGUUCAUAGCAAAUUAGGAAGGAAGGAUUGCAAAUACUGAUCAUUUCCAAGGCAGGCAUGAAUCUGCUGUUGCCUGUAGAACAAAGCAUCGCUCUUCAGUGAGGUAAGAUGUCACUGUCAUAUUAAUUUAAUAUGGAGAUUCAUGUAAUACAGGUAUGAAGUGCUCUAUUCUGAAUGAUUAAAGUACCUGGUUUAACUAUAACAUGUGCUAAUGUUCUGUGGUAGGGAAAACAACCAUAGAGUCGUAAAUGUGUUCCAAACAAGGUGAAUGAAGUUUAGCAUUUAAAGAAAUGCAAUUGUGCAGAAAUACACCUUCAAUUCCUACUUUGUGGAAAUACAAGAAAAAAGAGAGACAAAACUUCCCUACCUUAUUUCAACUGAGACGUUUUAAAUGCUGUGUGACUGAGCACUAGUCAGGUAAGAAGGGAUAUGCAAGGCACAGGCAAGGUUUGUUUGCAGUGGCAAGUCAAGGUCAGCAUUUCCCUAAAAUGUCAUUCAGAUGCUGUGAUUUAGUAGGGACAGCUAGAGGGGAAAACUACCUUCAAGCACCACAAGAGAUGAAAGGUGAGCUUACUACUUAAAGGAGAGCCGGCCCUUCUGUUUCUAGAUUUUGUUUGGACUGAGGGUUACUUAAGUGAGGAAGCUGCAUGCAGUCAUGAAGAACCAUCUUAUUCCUCCUGUCAGGUGAUGCUUGGUAUGAUACGACACAAGGACUCUUGCUAGCGCUAAGGGAUCAGCUGAUAAAAUUGACAAAAGUUUGCGUGUCUUCCCUCCUCAACUCCAGUUUUAUUUGAACAACCCGGGCAGGUACAAACAGAAUUGCCCUAUCCUGUGAACCCUUUGUGAUUGACUGAUUAUUGAAAAAGACUGCAGGAGCAUAUUCUCUUCCUAACAUCAUUUAGGGGAAAAAUCAACAGCAGGAGUCAUGCUCAUUUCCUUUUCCAGCUGCAGCUACCUCAAGAAGAAAAAUAUACCCUCUGUGAGUUUAUUUACUGGAGCUUUUUUAUCCUACAUAUUAAGUACAGUGUAAGAUACAAGAAAAAAGCUGAAAUGUGACAUCUGUACAUGCUCUUAGGACCGAUUUAGUUAAUCCUCAUAGCUGUCUUAGAACACCCUUCUUCAGAGGUGUUCAAUGAAGAAUGAAUCAUCUACCGUAACUUAAAAUUUGUCAUUCUGCAAAAGAACAGUUUAAGAAACCUGCCUAUCCUCAAGACAGAGAUACCUGCUUAUUGCUGAAAGAGCAGCUUGGUACAUGAGCAUCUAACUUUCAUACCCUGUUGACUUGUACAUGUUAACAGCGUCAUAGCCUUGAAUUGGCAAUACAGUUAAGUGUUCUCUGAAUGUAAACAAAGUAAAAAUGAGUUCGUGACUAAAAACA